AUGUCUCUAAACCAAAACUUAAUGCCUAACCAACUCUCAGUUUCAGCCUCUUCCAGAAGCGGAAUGUUGAACCGCCUAAUCUAGAAUUUCCUGAUCAGCACUGACCAGCAAGUGACCCUGGUGACUGAGAUGUCAUGCUCUCUAAAAGUCCUAGGCCCUCUCUUGUUCCUGUUGUUUCCCUUAUGUGGGCUCCUUGUACACAGCCAGAACCUUUCCUGGAGGGAAUUCAUGAAACAGCACCACCUGAGCACAAGCUGGGAUUUCAGUGAGUACAGAUGCAAUGAUCUCAUGAGAAAAAGAGAGGCUCCGACAGACAGGAAUGAUCACAUCUUCAUCUAUACUUUAUGGCACAAAAUCGAGCACAUAUGCAUCAGGAACUGGAGAGAUCGAUACAGAAAUGUUUACAUAUGGGCCCAGUAUCCCUUCAAAGUACUCAAGUGCUACCCAAAGAAUAACAAAAAGAGCUACAAAGAGCACAGGAGCUACAGCUACAUUGAAUUUCACUGUGGCAUGAAUGGAUUUGUUGACAGCAUAGAGGACAUCCGGUUGAUAGAGGUUAUCAGCAACUAG